AUGGAUCCUGUUCGACCACGCUUCAGGGGCCUGUCUCCCGUGCACCCAUCUCAGUCUGUGCGGAUGCCAGGCUCUUGGCCACAAGCUCCAAAACCUUUGGACCCAUCUCUGAGCAGGGCAGGACCUGCAGGCAGGGGCCAUGUGUUUGGAAAGCAAAAGGAGCCGAGUCCACAGAGUGGGCCAGUGCAAAAGGAGUCUGUUGGUUUAGUCUCAAUGUUCCGAGGACUGGGCCUUGAAACAGCAUCCCAGACCCCUCUGAAACGGGAGAUGCUUCCUUUAGGUAUAGGCAUUUUAGGUCUAGGCUUACCUACCAAUAUGGCAUGCAAGGACAAAGAAGAACCCCAUCCCACUUUUCUGGAUCCUUCAUUGUUGGCAGCUGGGGAUAGCAAGAUGGCAGAGGCCUCCGUUGGUUGGAAUAGGAUGCUCAGAAGAGGGAAUUUGGAUGCAUCUUUGUUACCAGUGGGAAGAGCAGCUGGUGGUUUAGGCAGAGGAAUAUACAAGGCUCCCAGUGCUCUCAGCCUGGCUUCUCAGGAUCCUGCCCAGCUCUCACCUCUGCCUCCUCUGCCCCAGGCCCCACUAUCCUCUCUUGAUAGCCCUCCACUUGGGACUGCAGAGCGCAAGAAAGAGCUUUUUGUGAAGCAAGGAUCAAAAGGAACACCUCAAUUUUUGGGAUUGAACCUUAUCAAAAUACAGUGUCAUAAUGAAGCAGUUUAUCAAUAUCAUGUGACUUUCAGCCCCAACGUGGAGUGCAAAAGCAUGAGGUUUGGCAUGUUGAAGGACCAUCAAGCUGUCACCGGAAAUGUCACUGCUUUUGAUGGAUCCAUUCUCUAUCUACCUGUUAAGCUUCAGCAAGUUCUUGAGUUAAAGAGUCAAAGGAAAACUGACAGUGCUGAGAUCACCAUUAAGAUUCAGUUGACAAAGAUCCUGGAGCCCUGUUCUGACUUGUGCAUUCCCUUCUACAAUGUUGUAUUCCGUCGGGUAAUGAAACUUUUGGAUAUGAAACUUGUUGGAAGAAACUUCUAUGACCCUACAAGUGCUAUGGUGCUGCAGCAGCACAGAUUGCAGAUCUGGCCAGGCUAUGCAGCUAGCAUCCGGAGGACAGAUGGAGGUCUUUUCCUGCUAGCUGAUGUCUCCCAUAAGGUCAUUCGGAAUGAUUCUGUGCUGGACAUCAUGCACACCAUGUACUUGCAGAACAAAGAAAGCUUCCAGGACGAGUGCACUAAGCUUCUGGUGGGCAGCAUUGUUAUAACCCGAUACAACAAUCGCACCUAUCGUAUCGAUGAUGUGGAUUGGAACAAGACUCCAAAAGAUAGCUUCACCAUGUCUGAUGGGAAGGAGAUUACAUUCUUGGAAUACUACAGCAAAAACUAUGGGAUCACAGUAAAGGAAAAGGACCAGCCGCUGCUGAUCCACAGGCCCAGUGAGAGACAGAACAGCCAAGGGGUGUUGCUAAAAAGUGAAAUCCUGCUGCUCCCUGAGCUUUCCUUCAUGACUGGAAUCCCUGAGAAGAUGAAGAAGGACUUCAGAGCCAUGAAGGAUUUGAGCCAGCAGAUCAACCUGAGCCCCAGACAGCACCAUAGUGCUUUGGAAUGCUUGCUACAGAGAAUUUCGAAAAAUGAGACAGCUAACAGUGAACUGACACGUUGGGGACUCUAUCUGCAGAAUGAUGUACAUAAGAUUGAAGGACGUGUUCUGCCAAUGGAAAGAAUUAACUUAAGAAAUAUGUCAUUUAUCACAUCCCCAGAACUAAACUGGAUUAAGGAAGUAACCAGAGACCUUUCCAUCUUGACUGUCCCCAUGCAUUUCUGGGCACUGUUUUACCCAAAGAGAGCAAUGGAUCAAGCCCGAGAGCUGGUGAACAUGUUGGAGAAGAUAGCUGGCCCCAUGGGCAUGCGUGUGAGCCCACCAGCCUGGGUGGAACUGAAGGAUGACCGCAUAGAGACCUAUGUCAGAACCAUUCAGUCCAUGCUGGGGGUUGAGGUGAAGAUACAGAUGGUUGUUUGCAUCAUCAUGGGAACACGUGACGACCUCUAUGGGGCCAUUAAAAAGCUGUGCUGUGUGCAGACUCCUGUACCCUCACAGGUCAUCAAUGUCCGAACCAUUGGUCAGCCCACCAGGCUUCGAAGUGUGGCCCAGAAAAUUUUACUUCAGAUUAACUGUAAAUUGGGUGGUGAGCUCUGGGGAGUGGAUAUUCCUCUGAAACGGUUGAUGGUGAUUGGGAUGGAUGUUUACCACGACCCCAGCAGAGGCAUGCGCUCCGUUGUUGGCUUCGUUGCAAGCAUCAAUCUCACCCUCACAAAAUGGUACUCACGAGUGGUGUUCCAGAUGCCUCAUCAGGAGAUUGUGGAUAGCCUGAAGCUGUGCCUGGUGGGCUCCUUAAAAAAGUUUUAUGAGGUGAACCACUGCCUCCCGGAGAAGAUUGUGGUGUACCGUGAUGGAGUGUCUGAUGGCCAACUAAAGACAGUUGCCAGCUAUGAAAUUCCUCAGCUCCAGAAGUGUUUUGAAGCUUUUGAGAAUUAUCAUCCCAAGAUGGUGGUGUUUGUAGUGCAGAAGAAAAUCAGCACCAACCUGUACCUGGCUGCCACUGAGAACUUUGCAACGCCCUCCCCUGGGACUGUGGUAGAUCAUACAAUAACAAGCUGUGAGUGGGUGGACUUCUACCUUCUUGCCCAUCAUGUGCGGCAGGGUUGUGGCAUUCCAACCCAUUAUGUUUGUGUUCUCAACACUGCAAACCUGAGCCCUGAUCAUAUGCAAAGGUUGACUUUCAAACUGUGCCACAUGUACUGGAAUUGGCCGGGUACCAUUAGAGUUCCAGCUCCUUGCAAGUAUGCCCACAAGCUAGCCUUCCUGUCAGGACAAAUCUUGCACCAUGAACCAGCCAUCCAGCUGUGCGAGAACCUGUUCUUCCUGUGA